AUGUUCGAUGGUUCUCGGAGUUGGAGCGUGCUGAGCAUUGAAGCGAGGAAGUUGUGCAGUAAGACUCACUCACUGCGUUCAUACUUCGCGAAUGUCGGUCCUGCAUUGCGUAUCGUUGGAAAUGAACGUCUCGAGAAGAUCGUAUUCAAUGAAAGCGUCAUAUUUACCAAAACACGUUAUCCUCCCGUGCUAUCGGACAUGGUUGUGAUUCGGGGUAAUAGGAAACUAUCAACGGAGGCGAUAAAUAAUAUCACCCAUAUUUUCCAUUCAUAUCGAUUCUUUGUUCCACGUGUGGGAGAGUGCGCUGUACCUGGACGAGUCAUCGACUUGUCUCAGCUGAAUUGCGAAAGCUACUAUGGAGACAUUGCGUUCAGUCAAGAUGUCGUUGGAGAACUACCUACCAUAGGUGGUAGUGUAGACGGAUGUCUUGUUAUCGAGGACACUCUGAUCCGCGAUAUCGAGUUCAUCAAAGAUUUUGACUUCAAGCCGGCUCAUAUCUGCAAAAACAGAAUCGUUAGAAAUAAGUACCUGUGUAUAUCAGAAGGUCUUGAAAAUCACUUAAGAAGAAAAAUGAACAUCACAAUCAGAGACAAUCUACCAAAAGGUUGCAGAAAAUGCGGGGCUGGCACGGCUGACGGGCCGCUUUCAUUGGCUAGAAGCCGGUGCGUAGACGUGCCGAUGAGUAGCGGCUUGUCAGUUCCGCCUCUUUCUCUGCAGUCGUAG